CUCAUCGUCACCUCAUUGCUUCUUCGCUUGGUGUCACUUCCGUUAUUUAUCCCGGAGGCUCAGUUUGCCACACUUAUUGAUAAGCCAGUUGAUUAAGGGUUGCAUCCGCACCCUGUCACUCGCCUCCAUUGGCCUUCUAAGCAGAGACCCUUGCUCCGCUGCCUGCGACCUCCGUAUCCUUCUUUGACCACCAUUCUAUCAACAUGGACGAGAGUAACGUCGUUUCCAGCGGCGCUGUCGAUGACAUUCACUCCGCGACUGCCACCCAAGAUGCCCCAGGUGAAGUGAUCAACCCUUCCGGGACUGAUAAUCCUUUAGACGCUCCGGCCUCACCCAAAGCUCAAAACACCGAAGGCGAACCGGAGGACGAGGAGAUGGGCGGCACAGAGACUGAACCAAAGAAGGAAAGCGAGGGUGCUGAAGAAAAUGCCGACGGCGUUGCGCAGUCAGGUGCCGAAGGUGCUACAGAAGAUCAGUCUGGACAAGGCAAGUCGUCGAUCGAAUCUUCGGCGCGCUCACAACUUGUUUCGCAAACACAUGCCAUUAUUCUUCCCAGCUACUCCACGUGGUUCGACAUGCACACCGUUCAUCCGAUCGAGAAAAAGGCUCUCGCAGAGUUUUUCAAUGGCAGGAACCGAAGCAAGACACCCGCUGUCUAUAAAGAUUAUCGCGAUUUCAUGAUCAACACCUACAGACUGAACCCUAUCGAGUAUCUCACAGUAACCGCAUGCCGCCGUAAUCUUGCUGGAGAUGUGUGCGCGAUCAUGCGUGUUCACUCGUUCCUAGAACAGUGGGGUUUGAUUAACUAUCAAGUUGAUCCCCAAACUCGUCCGUCAAAUAUUGGUCCCCCCUUCACGGGUCACUUCCGAGUUAUUGCUGAUACCCCACGCGGCCUUCAACCCUUCCAACCUGGGCCAAACCAUUUUGUUAAGCCCGGAAAGCCUCUACCGGCCACUGAGCGUGCAGCUUCAGCUGCGCCAGUGUCAAAGGCUGAUCUUAACCUCGAAAUCCGCCGCAACGUCUAUGACGAUAAGGGCAAGGAGAUCACACCUGCUGUUGAGGACAAGGAGAAGCAGACAAAUGGCGACGGCUCCACUAACGGUGCGACGGGCGAUGCGGUGAAGGCGAUGGAAACUGCUUCCAAGGAACCCAGAAAGAAGUUCCACUGCUUCUCAUGCGGCAUCGAUUGUACCCGACUCAGAUUUCAUUAUGCGAAGUCGACCCCAGCCACCGCUAACGCAUCUGCCCCGGAUUCAAAGUAUGACCUUUGCCCUAACUGCUUCUUACAAGGCCGCAUGCCUUCCAGCCAUAGCGCCUCCGAUUUCGUUAAACUCGAAGACAGCGCGUAUUCAGUAAUUCCGGACAAGGAUGCUCCUUGGUCUGACUCCGAACUUGUACUGCUCCUCGAAGGACUGGAGAAUUUUGAUGAAAACUGGGAGCAGAUUGCCAACCAUGUUGGCACUAGGACAAAGGAAGAAUGUGUCAUGAAGUUCCUGCAGCUGGAGAUUGAGGACAAAUAUGUCGAGGACUUACCUGAUAUGCGCACUGCCGGUGGACGAGAGCCCAUAAGUCAGGCUGAGAACCCCGUUCUGUCCGUAGUUGCCUUUUUGGCCCAGAUGGCAGAGCCUGCCGUGGCCGCUGCGGCGGCGGGUCGCUCCGUGGAUGAGAUCCGUAAGGAGCUUCGAAAGCAGCUCGAGAAGGGCUCCGACAAGAGUCAAGAGAAGGGCAAGGAAAAAGAGGGUUCUGGGGUGAAGACGGAGGAUUCCAUGGAUGUGGAUGCCUCUACUACUGAGGUUGUAGAAACCUCUAGCUCUGAUAAACAGUCCAAGGCUUCUCUGCCCACAGUCGCACUCGCCACCUCAGCAGCUCGUGCCGGCGCUCUUGCGUCUCACGAGGAGCGGGAGAUGACCCGCUUAGUCUCUGCUGCUGUCAAUGUCACUCUGCAGAAGUUCGAGAUCAAGCUGCAGCAGUUCAACGAGAUGGAAGAGAUCAUUGAAGCCGAACGCCGGGAACUUGAACUGGCUCGUCAGCAGCUGUUCCUGGAUCGGAUGGCCUUCAAGAAGCGUGUAAAAGAGGUCCAGGAUACCCUGCAAGCGGCUAGUCUGAAGGGACCCGGUGAGGAUGCAAACAACAUGCUUGGUGAGGCCGCGACGGCAGGAAUCGGAAACCGUUUCAACUUCCAGCCUGCAGGCAGUGAUGCACGGGCUGUCGUACAGCCUUUGAGCGCGGAGGCAGGUGCUGACUACAAGACCCUGGACCUGUAAUGGGUGGAAGCUUCCUUCCUUCCAAUGGCAUGCGUAAAUGGAAAACCAUUUUGAAAAAAAAAAAAAUAUGAAAUACAUUUCUUACGAUGCAACAGGGACGUUCGCAGGUUAACAUUUAUAAUAUCCAUGUAUUGUACCAUAAAUAUUCUAGGGCCGAAGGACCAGAUACCAGGACGAAAGAUUGGAGGUGCACCUCACAGAGGCUGUUUGGGUGAUUGAUUGAUGGAUGAAUGAUUGGGGUUUGGGUUUACUAUUGACUUGCUGCUCAACUAGGAAAAGGCGCAACUAUAUUGGAGUUAGAGUAUUUGUCGCGUUCAUCUAUUUCAACCUUAUUAUUCAGUUCAAGGUGGAAUGAAAUCGUUAAAUUGUUAA